UCAGAGUGUGGAAAGAGAUUUAGUUGCAGUGGCAGUCUUAAAACGCAUUUUAGAACCCACACAGGGGAGAAACCUUUUGAAUGCUCAGAGUGUGGAAAGAGAUUUAGUCGCAGUCACCAUCUUCAAAGCCAUCAAAGAACUCACACAGGGGAGAAACCUUUUGAAUGCUCAGAAUGUGGAAAGAGAUUCACUCACAAUUGCAAUCUUCAAGGGCAUCUAAGAACCCACACAGGGGAGAAACCUUUUGAAUGCCCAGAGUGUGGAAAGAGAUUCAGUUACAGUUGCAGUCUUCAACAGCAUCGAAGAACGCACACAGGGGAGAAACCUUUUGAAUGCUCAGAGUGUGGAAAGAGAUUCAGUUACAGUUGCAGUCUUCAACAGCAUCAAAGAACCCACACAGGGGAGAGACCUUUUGAAUGCCCAGAGUGUGGAAAGAGAUUCAGUAAGAUUGGCCACCUUCAACUGCAUCAAAGAACCCACACAGGGGAGAAACCUUUUGAAUGCUCAGAGUGUGGAAAGGGAUUCAGUCGCAGUUUCACUCUUAAACAGCAUCAAAGAACCCACACAGGGGAGAAACCUUUUGAAUGCUCAGAGUGUAGAAAUAGAUUUAGUUGCAGUGGUGAUCUUCAAAAGCAUGCAAGAACCCACACAGGGGAGAAACCUUUUGAAUGCUCCGAGUGUGGAAAGAGAUUCAGUCGUAGUUUCACUCUUAAACAGCAUCAAAAAACACACACAGGGGAGAAACCUUUUGAUUGCUCAGAGUGUGGAAAGAGAUUUAGUUACAGUGGCAGUCUUCAAAUGCAUUUAAGAACACACACAGGGGAGAAACCUUUUGAAUGCUCAGAGUGUGGAAAGAGAUUUCGUUACAGUGGCGGUCUUAAAAUGCAUUUAAGAACCCACACAGGGGAGAAACCUUUUGAGUGCUCAGAGUGUGGAAAGAAAUUCCGUUUUAAUGGCUAUCUUCAAAUACAUCAAAGAACCCACACAGGGGAGAAACCUUUUGAAUGCUCAGUGUGUGGAAAGAGAUUCAGUCAAAGUGGCAGU